CAUGCCAGGCCAUGUCCAACUUUAAGUUGAAAGAUCCCCAGACAUGUCGAAUAUUCUUCUCAUCUCCAUUCGGAGGAAUGGAAGACGAAAGAGAGGAAUUAACGAGGAAGUACUUCCCCCAAAUCCAACAUUUCUGUAGCCUGUACGGUGUGAAUUUCGUCGCUGUAGACAUGAGAUGGGGCAUCACCUCCGAGGCUUCCUCCAAUUCUCAAGUUAUUAACAUCUGUCUGCGAGAGUUGGACCGAUCCGACUUUUUCGCUGGAUUUUUUGGACAGCGCUAUGGCUGGCAUGGAAGAGAUGAUGACAACCUGCAAGACAAUUUCGAUAAUGCUUUGAGAAGAUAUCCUUGGCUGGAAAAUUUCCGAGACAAAAGUGUCACUGAGUUAGAGUUCUUACAUGGUCAUCUCAACAACCCAGGGGCUCUACCAGCUGUUAUUUGCUUCAGGGAUAAGUCAUAUGAUGACAAAGAAAGAGAGAAGGCACAAGAAAAAGGAGACAAGAAGCAAAUAUUCAAAUACUCAGCGGAGAGUGAUAAAUCCACCAAGCUAAUGGAGGACCUAAAACUGCGAUGUGAUCAGACCAAGGAAAAGACUUAUGGAGUGCAUCUUAGUUAUCCAGAUCCUUUGGAGGGAGCCAAGCUAAUGUUUGAUGCAAUAUGGAAGUUUCUGAACAAUGUUCUACCAAAGCUUCAAACAGUAACAACGGAGACCAAGAGAAGCAAGCUGCUGGCUCAGCACGAUGCUUUCCUGGCCAGCAGACAUAAGAUGUAUGGAGUGGGAGACAAAAACAUCAGGUCUCUUCUGAACUUGUUAAAUGAAGAGUGUCCUUCCCCCCUUUUAGUUACUGGGUCCUCAGGAAUUGGGAAAUCCACCUUGCUCAGUGUGUUCAUCUCCCGGGUGAAGUCGGAGUACAGAAGUCAGUUUUCAGUGGCCUAUCACUGUGUGGGACACGCUGAGGAAAGCUCAGGUCCAGACCAAAUUUUGCAAAGGCUUACAGAGGAACUGGAGUUUGCCUCAGAUGUGAUGGAGGGAAAAGAGGAGAAAAAGUCCCAGAAGAAGACAGAAGUGCAAGAUGUGAGAGACAUCAUAAAUCAGCUUGCAGCCGCCAUUAGUAAAAUUCAGAGCAAAGGAAAGCAAUGCAUCGUUAUAAUUGAUGGAGUAGAAAAAGCAUCAAAGGCGAAAAGAACAGAGGAGGUGCUAUUUUGGCUUCCUCACAAACUUCCAGAAGGAACAAUAGUGAUAGUAUCAGCUAAUUCUUCACAGCCAGAAAUUUUGGAUGAGCUCUCUAAAAGAUCAUUUAAUAAAAUGGAAAUCCAGGAGAUGUCUGAGGAAAUGCGACAGGAAUUUGCCAAGAAAACUCUAAUGGAGCGAGGAAAAGAGUUAUCUCCCUCUCAAAUGAAGAAAAUUGUAGAGACUGCUGCUGCCGAGAACCCUCGUUACCUGAAGGUUUUGCUGAAUGAGCUAAUUGUGUUUGGAUACUUUCGUCUCCUGGAUCAGAAAAUAGACUCCCUGGUGAAAUGUGAAAGUAUUGAUGAGUUGUUUGAAAAAGUUUUGGAGAGACUGGAGGAUGACAACAAAGAGAGUGGCUAUGAAGGAAACCUGGUUGAACAGGUGACCUGUGUUAUCUUCCUGUCCAGACAAGGAAUGUCAGAAGCUGAGAUUGUCAACAUGUUCAACAUCCCCUCUCAUGUCUGGUCACCAUUCUUCUUCUCCAUUAAUAUGUAUCUCUUAAACCAAGGAGGACUUAUUAAGUUUGGUUUUCAAGAACUGAAGGAUGCAGUUGAAAGAAAGUACUUAUCAGUUGAAACCAUAAGGAAAAAGUACACACAGCUCAUCGCAGAUUAUUUUGAGGAACAAAUGCAGAGACUUCCAAAGUUGAAAUCGUCUUGGAAAAACAAUGACCUGGCCAGAGUUUCAUUGGAGCUACCCUUUGCUUAUCAAUCUUUGAAUGAUUUACCAAACCUAGCCAAUACUUUAACACAUCUUUCAGUGUUGAGUUGCUUAAUAGAGAAGCAGUGCCUGACAGAGUUGUAUGACCUAUGGGAGAGCACUGGCUAUGGCUGGAGACAGAUCACUGAGAGGUAUCUGACAGCAGUCGAUGUACAGGUGACUGACGUGUACAUCAUCCAGCAGGAAGAAGGCACCAUCCAUCAACAGACCCCAGGGAGUCUGGUUAUGGAUAAUCUAUUAGACAUCUUUAAUUUGUUGGAUUAUGUUCAUCACUUUGAUGGUUGUGAAAAAGUCUUGUUAAGGCUUUUGCACAUGGAAGACCAAAAUGUCAAUGAAGUGAACAUGAAAGAGAGUUUAAAUAGAGAAUCAGCAAUGUAUAAACUGGCAACCACUUACCAUAAUAAUAGCAAGCUCCAGGAAAGUUUAGAUAUUCACCUGCAAGUUUUAAAGGACAGAGAAAGAAGAGUGCCAGAUUUAAAGAAUGCAUGUUCUGAGGACUUGGAACGUUUAGGAAACUCUUAUAAUGGAAUUGGAACAAAUUACCUCAUUAUUGGUGAUUACAUGAAGGCUGAAGAAUACUUAAAGAGAUCUUUGGAGUGCUCUGAAAUAGGUCAGGACAAGAAUAAUGAGUCCAUUUGUCACAUGAACUUAGCUAAUAUCUACACUGAGAUGGGAGAACAUCACAAAGCAAUGAAAUGCUUAGAGAAAGCCAUUCAGUUAACUAAAGAGGUCUACUUUGGCCAUAAGCCUUUAUAUCUGGGACUUUUGUACAAUAACAUGGGACUAUGCCAUAGACGACUGAACAGAGUGGAUGAUGCUGAGAAAUAUUAUCAAUUGUCCCUUGAUGUGAAGAGAAACACUGUGGGUGACCAUCACCCCCUGCUCUGUCAGACGUACACCUGCUUGAGUGUCAUUGAAACACUGAGGGGGGAUGAAGAGAAAGCUUUGCAAUACAAUCAGCUAGCAGUGGAUAUCUACAAGAGAAAUGAUACACCUGAAAAUGAUAUGGUCUAUGUGAGAUGCAAAGAAAAUGUGAUAUUGAAUUUACUAAAUUUGAAGAGAAAGGCAGAAGCUGGAUUGUUAUACAUACCAUUUUUUGAACUUUUAGAAAAGGAGAUGAAAAAUGGCAACUCUCACCUGAUCGACGGUACUCUGCCAUUGGUUCAUGUGGACAUACUAAAGUAUCUGAUCAAAAAUAAAGAGGAAGAAGUUGCAAGAAAAGUUCUCAAAACCUUAAUUAAAACAAAGGCUGUCACUCCAUUAGAUUAUGUACUUCUUAAGGAGGUCAACACAAAACUGAAUCCUGGAGACAAGGCACCAGAAAAUGACAAUUACGAUGGGUCCAUGUCUGUUGACGAGGCUCUUAAGGAGUGGCCUAAUGAUAGUAAUCUACUGGAAUAUAAAAUCCGAAAUCUCAUAAACUCUGAGGAUUCUGAAGCACUUAUAGAUUUCUUCAAUUAUGUGUGUCCAGGGAUCUAUAACAUUACCAGUCUUGUGAAUUUUAUUCUGGGAAUGUUUGCUACAACAGAGAAAUUCAGCACCAAAAUGUUUGUUGAAUUCAAUGAAAAUGCCCUCUCUCACCUUCCAGAGACAGAAGUUGAGUGCAUUAAGAAUUGUCUGAGGAAUACUGCUGAAAGUUAUGAAAGAGAGAAAAUAUUAGACAAAUCACUGGAGCUAUACAAACAGUGGAUAGAAAUAGACAGAGACAACCCUUAUCCUUAUUUCAAAGUGUCCUACUGCUCUGCUUUGUUGACAGGGGACAUUGAUGAAGCCAAGAAAUACUGCACCGAGGCCAGAGAAAGGGCAGAGAAGAGCGGCCCUAGUCAAGCCCAACUGUUACAAAAGGCAAGUUAAAUGCCUUGCAAAGCAGCAAACAUGCGUUGCUUGCUAUGGAUCUCUGUGGUGCUCUCAGCAGAGGUUUGCCAGUGUAAUUUGCCACUGGUUAUCACUUGGGCCACCAAUGAUACCCACCCAAGAAACGUACACGGCAAAGCUGCGAGAGGAAACUUUGGAAACAACCACCAUCUGAGAAAUCGACAACAUUCAACAUUUUCUACCAGGGCCCCUCCAAGAAACUUAUUUCCAAGACCCGACAAAGCGAAUUCCCAUGUCAGUAGACAAAAUAUACAUCCUACAAAUUGGAAUCGCGGGAGACCCGUUCCGACCAGUGGCAAUCGUAACACAUUGAAUUCACGCAGGAGAUUGGUGGUUCCAAGAGAGGAUUCAAGAUCUGGACAACAAAUUAUUACAGGUGUUUCUUUAUCCAAUUUUACAACAGCUCAGAAGAAGGAGAUAGUCGACCUGCAUAACAAGAUACGAAGAAAUGUCAGCCCUAAAGCGUCUAACAUGAAGAAAAUGAAAUGGGAUACAACGCUAGAAAAGCUAGCUCAGCAAUAUGCAGAAACGUGCUCCGGGUCACAUAAUGCCGAAAGACACAAGCGGAAAUGGGGUGACUUCCGGAACGUCGGGGAGAAUAUUCAUCACACCUGGGAUUGGGUGGCGGAGUAUAAAAAUGGCAUCCUAGAACAGAAGACACUUCCUUUGAACUUGACGAAAAUUUUACAUCGAUGGUGGAAGGAGAGAGAUAAGUUUGAUUACCGCAACCCUUACGCUUGUUCUGGAUGUGGACAUUAUAUACAGAUGGUGAAAGAUGUUUCCUACGCCAUCGGUUGUGGGACUGCCCUUUGUGAAACUGUAAAAGGACGCAGCUACCAAAAUGCUCACAUCUUUGUCUGUAAUUACGGAGACGGAUACAACGAAUCCCCCGAGCCAUAUGCCGAGGGCCAGGCAUGUUCCGAUUGUCCAACAGGCCACCCUGUGUGUGUGCAGGGCCUGUGUGACGCGCGGUGACUGACCAGUGAACAAGCACGCCCCUCGUGACGCGCAAGGUCAUUAUAUUGUGACGCGUUUGAAAGAUUUGCUUAGUGAGUGCUUUCUCUCCCCCCCCCCCUCCAAAAAAAAUAGCCCCGUCGAGAUAGUGACGACUAUUUGACGGUCUAUUGAUCUUCCAUUUUUGACAUUGUUUCUAUGAAGUUGUACCUGUACCUUUGUUUAUGAAAAUUUGUUUGUGAUUUGAGCACAUUUUAAUGUAUAAAAAAUACAAAUGACUUGGUUACACUUUACUUGUACGUUUCUACUUAUAAUCCUAUCGAAAAUGCUCGUAUGCAAUACAUUAUAAAUUACAAGAGGAUCAUACACCCAUCCUAUUUUGAAAGUGAUGAAUAAAUAUUA